AUGCUGCUCAGUUGCCCGACCACCGGGUCCGCUACGCGGUUAGCCCUGCAGCACGCCAACGCCAACGCCAGCGUCGGGUUCGACGACGCUUUCCGGUCCUUGUUGACUAAACCACGCGAAGGUGGCUCGUCCCGCUCCGGCGCAGUCUUGGGUCGCGCCCCGCCCAAACGCGGGUGGGGGACCAAGGCUAAACCACCGGCGAAGAAGGAGUCCGACAAAAGUGGAGACGGGACGGAUGGAAGCCGACCCGCCUUCGCCCCCCGAUCGCAGGCGAAGAAGGUGCAGGCGCCCCAGUACAAGGACCGGGCUGCGAUCCGCCGCGCCGGUGGCGACGGCGAGUACAAGGAGGUAGAGCAUCUGUUGGAAGAGUUUGAACGGCGCAAGGUCGAGGCAGGUGAAGAUGCCGACAAGGUUGAGGCUCAGCGCGAGUACCUCGGCGGAGAUGCCGAGCACUCUGUCUUAGUCAAGGGCCUGGACUAUGCGCUGCUCGCACGGCGGAAGGCCGAGAUCGAGGCCGAGAAGGCUGCAGGAAUGGAGGACGAGCUGGAGCAACUCGGACAAACCAUCAAAAGCAAGAGCCAGAGUAAGGAGCAGCCUGUUGAACCGACGAAAGAUCCAAAAGGAAACAAGUUCAAGACUAUCGGGAAGAAGGCGCCUGUAGAGGAGCCCCAGAGGAGGAGAAAGACCGUUGAGCGCGAGAUUGAGCACAAUGAGAAGGCGACCAAGCCCGCGCAGCGCCCUCGCUCGCCCGUAAAGCCGCCCCCUCCGCCUGACCCGGAAGAUGAGGAAGAUAUCUUCGCAGACGCCGGCGAGUACGACCUCAAGGCCGGCCGCGAGGACGAGGAUGAUGACGACGACUCUGACGAGGAAGGGCAGAUGGACAUUGACGAACCUCAGCGUCGAUCACGGUCGCGCUCUCGCGCUCGUCAGCGGUCGUCCUCGCGUUCAGACUCUCGCGGCCGCGGUCGCUCACGUUCGAGGUCGUUGUCUGAUGGUGAGACGCUACCGUUCGAGCGGUCCCCGACGCCGGAGAGUGACGAUGAGGGGCCGGUGACGCGCUUGCAGCCUCUAGCGUCCUCGGCUAUCACGGACCUGCGUGGCUUCCUGGCCGCGGACGAAGCAGAUGCCAAGGCGGACGCGCGGCGGGCGUCCAAGGCGCGCUGGCGUGCGGCGCAAGGCUUGGCGAUGCAGGAGGGCGUCGAUGCCAGUAUGCUCAAGCGCACCCAAACCGACGAUCAGAAGGCCAACCGCGAGUAUCGGAUGCUAAUGCACCGCCUGAACAAGGACAAGGACAAGGAUGGCAAGGACAAGGGCAGCGGUGGCCCGAGCAAGUAG